AGUACACCUUGAGGGAUUGGCACCAAUUAACACAUUUGGUACGGAAAGGAUAAAUCAGGAUAAAUCGUGAGGAUCGUGAAGAGCGUGAAAGAAGUCAGUCUACUGAUUACUUUUCGCGGCGGAAAGAAAGAUCCGAAUUAUCGAGAGAGAAGGUUCUCCGUCAUCUGUAAGAGAUUGAAGCAUCGUACCAGGUCCAAGUCCAGUUGUUAUGGACAUGGUGAUGUCGAAUUUGCAACAGCAACGCCAAGUGACGGAGCAGCUGCGCCGCGAAGCCGCUUUGAAGCGGAUCACGGUGAGCAAAGCCGUCGAAGACAUCAUGAAGUACAUCACCGAGCACGAGCAGGAGGAUUGCCUGCUGGUGGGCUUCUCAUCACAGAAGUCGAAUCCCUUUCGUGAGAAAAGCACCUGUGUCGUACUUUAAGCCUGCGUGCUUGAAGUAAAAGAUGGCACAGGAGAGAACUAAUGAUAAUAUCACUUUGCAUCUUUUUAAUUGUGCAUUGAUUUGUUGCAGUAAUAAGUAUAUAU